AUGAAACAUCCGUAUGAGGAAUUUCCUACGGGAUCCAAGUCGCCAUACAACAUGUCUAGAGGGGCUCAUCCUGGUGCUGUUUUGCUUUCGCCACAAUCAUCAGCCAUAAACAACAACAGCAACAGCAACAACAGCAACAAUUCCGUCAGCAACAAUGGUAGCAAUAACCAGUGCAAUUCAUCUGUAGCCACAAAUGUUCUGUCUCCCCAAACCCACAGUAUGUCGCUGAAUGACAUGCUCGAUCAGCAAUCCUUCAUGCUAGAGACAACGAGGACUAGGCCUCAGCCGCUCCAGCAACAACAGCAACAGCAGGCACCAUUGCCUUCCCUUAAUAUUCAAACAGUAUCGUCCACGGCAGCUGGUUCUGCUAUCGUUUCACCCAUGAUGCAAUCUCCGAAGACACUGCAAUCUACUUUAUCUUCAACCUCGAUGUACUUGGAUUCCUUUCAAAGGUCUUCAAAUAAUAUUCUAGGUAUUCCAUCACAAAGUGGCUCAAUGCCCUUACCACAGUCACGUCAACCGCAACAACACUCCCAACCUCUACCCCAAAAAAAUGAUUCGAACAUAGGUGUGAACUUCAGUCAAGACAUCAAUCAAUUGUGCUCCUGGAUAUCGAUGCUGACUAGCAGCCAACAAAAUACUGUAAUGGAUAAUAUACUCUCCAUUUUGAACGAUGACGUUUUGAAAUAUACUAAAUUGAAAUUGGACACUCUGACAAACACCUCUUUUAUCUCGCCUCCUCUUCCUGCAAUAGCAUCCCCAAUACCUAACAGGGAUGACACCCAAAUUUUGAAUAUCGAUUCCGUCUUUUCGUCUAGUCCUAUCACCAACGACUCUGAGAAUGCCGAUAAUUUGCUGUAUCAGAAUUGGUCCCCUCAACCACAUUCAAUACCAAUCAUCCAACCCAUCUAUGAUAGCAUCAAUGACCCAAGUCAAAGAUCCAAAUCAGCAGAGCCUCAUGUUACCUCAAGUCCAAAUCUCAUUCCCGUUCAGAAACAAUAUAACAACGGCAUUAGUACCAAAUACAAAAAGUUGCCAUCAGAUAACUCCAACUAUCUCUCCCACUCUCUUUCAACUUCCCAUUCUUUUUUUCAAACAAAGAAAAGAUCAAACAUGGGGAACGAAUAUAACUCUCACCACCAUCAUUCAUUGCAUCAUCCUCUGCAUAAUACAACCUCAUAUUUUUCCAAUACUCCAAGAUCAUCAGGAACCGAAUUGAGUAAGUCCAACCAAAAUAUGUUCAACAAUGCCAAUAGUCAUCCCAAUACUAGUGCUGCUGCCACGAGCGUCACAUCGGCAUCCACAUCAUCCAACGGAAAUACGCCUCUGUCGAGUAAUUCUUCGAUGAAUCCAAAAAGUUUGACGGACCCAAAGCUAUUAAAGAAUGUACCCAUGUGGUUGAAAUCGUUAAGACUGCAUAAGUAUUCAGAUGCCUUAAGCGAGACCCCAUGGAUCGAACUGGUUUAUCUAGACGACGAAACUUUAGAGAAAAAAGGUGUUCUGGCAUUGGGCGCUAGGAGAAAACUUUUGAAGGCCUUUAGUAUUGUAAUCGAUUACAAGGAACGUGAUUUAAUUGAUAGAUCUGCUUAUUAA